AUGUCGGCAAAUUGCUCAUCCCAACCAUUUGUGCUCAUUUCUGCACAAACAAGUUGCGCUGAAAGUCCGCCAUGUUCACAUAUUUUUUGUUGGGAGAGUUUCAAUUGUCUGAUCGGUAAGUCAGGGAUUAAUGUUUUUCUUUUGGCAAUUUUAUGAUGGAAUUUGUUAGAAAUGUUUUUAGUUUUGAGAGAGAAAUAUUGAGUUCACAAAACAAAUUAUUAAAUUGAAGCAUUUAGAAAAACACCUGCUUGAACAUUAAGCUUUUUUGUUAGAAUUAUAUGAAUUCCCAAACCCUAUUAUCAUUUAUUUUUAGAUUUUAUCAAGUUUUAAUUUUACUAUUGUAAUAAGUCCAACGUGGGUUUUCCUAUAACAAUGUUCUGAUUUAAAAACCAUUUAUGCGUUACAGGACCCUAUGAGACUUUUUUAGAGGCGCUGUAAAAUUUUCAUCAAUUUUCUUAUGUCACACCUUUUUAUCAAAUAUUUUUCCAAAUUUUAACAUGAAAAACCAACCAACAAAAAAUAGAGAAAAAAGUUUCACCAAAAUUAAUGUGCCCCUCGAGAAUCCUCAUUGUGUGUGUGUGUGUUUUCCGCUUCUCAACAACUUUCAUUUUUUAUAUGCUUUCUGAUCUUCAUCUAAAGGUCAUCUACAUACAGACACUUUUUUUUUCUUUUUUUCAAAAAAUAUUACAAAAAAAAUCUUGCAAGGGAAAAAUAUUGUUUACUUUUAUUUUACCACAUUUUUGUUCCGCGCGCGUUUGCCAAUUUUUUCUCAUUCUCAUUCUCAAGAUGAAAAAAGAUUUAGAAAAAAAAAGAAGAUAAAACAAGAAGAAACUACCUUUUGCUAAUAUAUCAUAUCUGUUUAUCAUUUGUCCUUUUUCUCACCAAGAUCGUUUUCGUGUUUUUGUCAUUUUUUGCGCAAUCGCGCUAGUGUAAAUACAUAGUGUUUCAUUUUUUCUGCGAUUUAAUUUUAAUUGGGCAUUUUUCUUUCUUUUUUUUUGAAGUGUUUGAAGUGUUGCAAAAAAUGUUAGAAUUUUUUACAUUCAGCGUUUCCUAGAAGCUUACAUUCAGUUAAUUAUAGGGCUCUGAAAAAACCCGAUUGCACAUGAUUUAUAGUUUCUCUGAAAUUUGAAAAAAAUAUAUAUUCAAAAAAUAGUACGUUUCAAAAUUGAUUCUCAAAUAUUUUGUAACAGUUUUUCAGAAAAAGAUUUUGUAUCUAAAGUCAUAUUGAAGAAGAGAUAAUUCCAAACUUUUUUUGAAAGACAUUAUUCAAAAUCAAAAAAAUGAUGUAAUUUCGAUUCAAUGAGUUUCUAAUUAAUUAAAAAAAAAAUACUUCUUUUGAGAUUUUUCUUCAAAUAGCCCAAUUUUAAGAAAAUGUUUCUCAACAAAAAUUUUUCAUAAAAAUUUGUCUUUGAGAACUUUCCUGAACCAUUUUGAGAAUAAUUCUACAAAACCAAUCAAACAUUUUCUGCCAACAUUCCAAAAUUGAAUUUUAUUUUUCUUUUAUUUCUGAACCUCCCUCUUUAUUCUGACUCAUUCUCUGUCGGUUUCAAAAGGUCUCUAUCUAAAAUUAAUAAAGAUGAAAGUAAACAAAAAUUCCAAGUUUUUUUCAUCAUUUCUGUUCUUUUUUCUCAAUUCAUUUUCGAACAUCAAAAAGCUUGAAAUCUAAUAUUUGCUUUCAAAUUUUGAAGUGUUUUACGCAAUAUAUCCGCAUGUUUUUUUGUAUUUAUUUUGUCCAUUUUAUGAUUGUUGAUCAAAAAGAAAUCUUGUCUAGGAAAAACCUUGAAAAGUGCGAUGUUUUUUUCCUUAACUCUUGAGAAAACCUGACCUUUUUUCAUCUUAAAAGUGUAUAUAUUUUUCAUUUUGGUGAAAAAAGGAAGUAAUAAGGACUAUUUGUUUAUUUAAUGGUUUAUCUAUUUCUUAUUACUUUGCAAAAAUUUUCUCAUUUUGUUGCAGUGAAAUUCAUUUCCACGUGGAUCUUUUUUUUCGAAUUUAGUUUUUUUGAAUGGUGAAAGCAGAACAAAAACUUCAGAAAACGUAGAAUUCCCAAAACAUUGUAGAAAAAAAUGAAAAAAACAUUUGGAAGAUUCAAAAAAUAUUCUCGAAUAUGAUGUAGAUAAAACAAAUUCUUUUAUUGUUCAUAGAUGUUUUAAAAAUCAUGAAAAUUUCGAUUACAAAUCAAUUGAAAGUUGCACCUAACCUUAAUUUUCAAUAUUUCAAAGUUCCAAAACCGCCCAAAUUUGUACAUAUUCCCUCUCUCUAUGUCUAUUUUUUUCUGUUUCCUGAAAGUGAUCAAAUUUCUGCGUGUGCGUUUUGCAUAUUACUAGUUCUAGUUUUCUCUGUCCACCUCUCGAAUUUCAUUUUUCCCCAUUUGAAUCUAUGGAAAAUAAAAUAAAAAUUCAAUUUCAAAUACAUAUUUAGUUCAUAUUUUUCUUUCUUUAUUUACAAAAGUUUUUCAAAUAUUUUUUCAUUCUUCAUUUUUUAUUGGAUGAAUUUCAGCAAAGUAAAUAUAGUGUUAUCAUCACACAUUUUGAAAUACAUUCAAUCAGUUUUGAUCUAUAUAUAUAUACACUUUUUAUUUUUCUCUUGCUUUUGAUAGAAAGAAUUGUAGUAGUCUUAUUGUUUUGUUUGAACAAAAUAUUAGACAAGGUUUCAAAACAUUUUUGCCCUCCCUCAAAAAUCUUUCUUUUUCUGUCUUUCUAUUGUUAUAUUGCCCUUUUAUGAGUCAGAAUCAAUACAUUUUUUUGCUUUUUUUAUCAAAAACAUAUAAAUAAAUGAAUAACCUAAUAUUUUGGAGGUUUUAGUGGACUCAUUUUUUGAUUCUCUGAAAGUUAUACAUUUUUUAUAUUUCAAAUUUUCUUCAGUUUAUGUAAGAGAACAUUAGUAAAUAAUCCUAUUGGCAUGAAAUCCUGAACCUUUCUUAUGUGAGGAAUCUGGUAGACAGCUAAAACCUCAUAGUUUCCCGAAAAAAAUCUCGUUGCUCAGGCUUCAUUCAGAACUUUUGUACUUUUUUUUGGAUAAGAACAAUUUGAAAAUUUCGGCUUCAUUCGAUUCAAUUAUCCAUAUUUGGCGAUUCAAUUAUCCAUAUUAUAUUUGGCUCAAUUUCUAGAGUCAAAUUUUUUGAGCUGUAAACUCUCAAUCCUUUUAUUCACAAUUACUCAUUCAUAAAAUGUCCAAAAAUGCUUAUCAGUAAGCAAUUAUUGAUUUUUUUUUCAUUUUACAAAUUGCUUUUGUUUAUAUGUUUAUAUGUUUUGAUUUUUUAUUUUUGUACUGAUUAAUGACUAUUUUUCUCUAAAAAUGUAAAAAAAAACUAGUUAGAAAAGAUUGAUUGAAAACGUUGGAACACAAUUUUAUUCAAUUUCCAUUUUUCAAUUUUUUCAGCAUCCACUCUAUCGCCAAUUAUUUCUGGUUGUCGAUUGGACGGUGAAGAUAUAUUUUGUAUAUGUUCAACGGUUAAAAGAAAUAUAUUUCGAAAAAUGGCCAGUUCUACAGCAGCAUUGACAACAACAUCCACUUCAACACUAGCUACCACAACCACAAUAAAAUCGCAUGUGUUAGAAGAAUCAACACAAGCAAUAGAUUCGAAUAGUUUAAGUGGUGGAGCGAUUGCUGGAAUUGUUAUUGCAAGUGUUGUGAGUUUUCAGGGAUGAUUUCUAAUAAUGAAUAAGUAUAAAGGCUAUAUUCUAAAAUCAUGGCAAAGGUUGCACAAAAAACUAUGACGUUACAAAUUAAAGUCCAAACAAAGAUUAGUUUUUUGUAUUAGUUUUUUAUUUCUCUGCAUUAGAUAAAACAUGUUUUGUCUAAUUGUUCAUCGUAAAAUAUCAAUCUGUAAGGGCUGUGGAGUUUUCAGAUCUCCAAUUUCAAGAAUCAGCUCCAACUAAACCAUAUUAUGACGAUCAAAAAUUGUUAGACAAAUCUGAAAAACAAAUAUUGAAGUUUGCCAUUGAAACCGAAAUUUGAAAAGGUCACAUUGAAACAAAAUUUUCGAAGCCAAGAAAUAAAAGAAAACACUCUAUUCAAAAAGUUGAGACAAGAACAUUUUUAUUGUUUGAUUUUAUUCAAAGAAAUCUUCUGUCAAUAUUGGAAUGGAAUUUGAAAAGGAAAUACUUUGAAAGAAAAAUUUGAAUUAAAAUAUUUUGAAAUAUGAAAGACGAUUGGGUAUUUGAAGUUUGAUCAAAUCGAAAUAUCAAUUUUUUUUAGAAAAACACACGAGAAAUAUCUAAUAAAAAGUUAUAAUAUCAUAUUUUUUUAUACUUCACAAAGGUCUACAAAUUUUAUCAAGUCAUCCCUCUCCAACUAACAAUAAGAAAACACUGUCCGAUUUUUCCAGGUCGGAGUAUUAUUAAUCGCAAUAGUUGGCUUUUUCCUCAUCAGAUACAUCAAAGAUCGCCGGAAAAACCAUGGAGAAUAUCGUCCACAAUUUGAAGAGCAACAUCACGCAAAAGAUUUACCCUAUCUUCAACCACCAAAUAUCGAAGGACUAAUAUAA